CCGCAAAGCUGCAGCCACCGCUAAAGCAUUGGAUCCCUCAACGUACUGCGAGAGCCCGGUGUACAGCCCGGACCUGUGCCCCAACAUGAUCGCCGCGCAGGCCAAGCUGGUCUACCAGCUCAACAAAUACUACACGGAGCGCUGCCAGGCGCGCAAGGCGGCCAUCGCCAAGACCAUCCGGGAGGUGUGCAAGGUCGUGUCGGACGUGCUGAAGGAGGUGGAGGUGCAGGAGCCGCGGUUCAUCAGCUCCCUGAGCGAGAUCGACGCCCGCUACGAGGGGCUGGAGGUGAUCUCGCCCACCGAGUUUGAGGUGGUGCUCUACCUCAACCAGAUGGGCGUCUUCAACUUCGUGGACGACGGCUCCCUGCCGGGCUGCGCCGUGCUCAAGCGGAGCGACGGCCGCAAGCGCAGCAUGUCCCUCUGGGUGGAGUUCAUCACCGCCUCGGGCUACCUGUCCGCCCGCAAGAUCCGCUCCCGCUUCCAGACGCUGGUGGCCCAGGCCGUGGACAAGUGCAGCUACCGGGACGUGGUGAAGAUGAUCGCGGACACCAGCGAGGUGAAGCUCCGCAUCCGGGAGCGGUACGUGGUGCAGAUCACGCCCGCCUUCAAGUGCACCGGGAUCUGGCCCCGCAGCGCGGCGCAGUGGCCCAUGCCCCACAUCCCCUGGCCCGGCCCCAACCGGGUGGCGGAGGUGAAGGCGGAGGGCUUCAACCUGCUCUCCAAGGAGUGCUACUCGCUGACGGGCAAGCAGAGCUCGGCCGAGAGCGACGCCUGGGUGCUGCAGUUCGGCGAGGCCGAGAACCGGCUGCUGAUGGGCGGCUGCAGGAACAAGUGCCUCUCGGUGCUGAAGACGCUGCGGGACCGGCACCUGGAGCUGCCGGGGCAGCCCCUCAACAACUACCACAUGAAGACGCUGCUGCUGUACGAGUGCGAGAAGCACCCGCGGGAGACCGACUGGGACGAGGCGUGCUUGGGCGACCGGCUGAACGGCAUCCUCCUGCAGCUCAUCUCCUGCCUGCAGUGCCGGCGCUGCCCCCACUACUUCCUGCCCAACCUAGACCUCUUUCAGGGCAAACCCCACUCGGCCCUGGAAAGCGCUGCCAAACAGACCUGGAGGCUAGCCAGAGAAAUCCUCACCAAUCCCAAAAGCCUCGACAAGCUAUAGGGUUAACAACCCCCCCCCUUCCCCGCGCACAAAACU